GACAAAGCAGCGCAGAAUCAGACGUAUAUACAUCUAUGUGAAGUUCGAAUUUAGCUUGUGUUAAUGUAUGGGUUCUAUGUAUAUGUGCGUCCUGACGUUCUGUAAAUACAAUACUGAAAUAUCUUCGUGCACCUUCGCUUCUAUAAUCGAAUCGUGCACUUGUUUUGAUUUUCUGAAUUUCAAUUGCGGUUCUUUAUUUAGACAGAGAAGACUUCUAUUUAGCUACGUUAAGUGUACAGUGAAUUUUCGAACCAAGUAUUGCUAUGGGAGGUUAUGCGUGGGUGACAUUGGCAACUAAUGAUUCGUAUUCAUUAGGGGCCCUUGUCUUGGCCCAUUCAUUGAAGCAAGUCGCUACACAACAACAACUAGCAGUACUCAUUACACCAGGCGUAACCAAUUCCAUGCGGUCAAAAUUGGGAGAAAUCUUCAACGUAGUUAAAGAAGUUAAUAUUUUGGAUUCGAAAGAUGAAGCAAAUCUACGGCUGUUGAAAAGACCCGAGCUAGGAAUCACGUUCACAAAACUACAUUGUUGGCGUUUGACUCAGUUUGAGAAAUGUGUAUUUUUGGAUGCAGACACGUUGGUAUUAGAAAACUGUGAUGAACUAUUCGAAAGAGAAGAAUUGUCAGCAGCUCCAGAUAUUGGUUGGCCAGACUGUUUCAACUCUGGUGUUUUUGUUUAUCGACCAUCCGAGGAAACAUACGAAAAAUUAAUAAAUUUUGCUCUUGAAAAAGGAAGUUUCGAUGGGGGAGAUCAAGGACUACUCAAUCUAUACUUUUCUGACUGGGCUCAUAAAGAUAUUAGCAAACAUUUGCCAUUUAUAUACAACAUGGCAUCUACAUCAUGCUACUCAUAUCUUCCAGCAUUUAAACAAUUUGGUAAAAGCGCCAAAAUUCUUCAUUUCAUUGGGUCAUCAAAACCAUGGCUACAAUAUUUUAAUACAGAAACUAGAAAAGUGCAUCCAUCUGAAGGCCUACAACAUUUAGAACAGAUCCUCCAACAUUGGUGGAACAUUUUCUGCAAUCUCAUUCAUCCAGCUCUUUCUCCAGACAUGACCAGCCAUACAGACACUGUGCAUGGUAGUCAGUCCUACACCUCUCAAAGUAUUUCUCACACAUCCUAUUAUCAUGAAUAUGAACAUAAUCCUAACUAUCAUAUUCCCGAAAAUGCGGAAGACUACCAAAAUGUAUGGGAUCCUUGGGAGGAAUAUGACUCUAGACAGUCAGGAAAUAAACCCCCAGAUAGUACUGAUCAUGAAAAUUCCAGUAUAAUUGAGCACUCACAAUCAUUACAACCCCAUUAUGAACAAUACCAUCACUCAUCCGAAAAAGAUCAAAAUAAUACUUCAUAUGUUGCUCACGCACAUGUUGAACAAAGAGAACCAGAAAGUCAUUAUUUCGAAUAUAGACCAGCCCAUAGUGAUACUAAUGUAGAGUAUAGGGCACCAGAAAGUCGCAAUGAACACCCUCCCAUUGAACAUCAUAACCAUUUUCAACAUUCUGAACAUAGGCCAUCUAAAAAUCAUAAUAAUCAUCAAUAUUUUGAGCAAAGGUACUCUGAAACUCAAAAUCACCAUCAACACAAGGUUUCAGACAAUCAUCAUCACUUUGAUAAAGAACUUCAUUCUAAUAUUUACCAUAGUGAACCUUAUCAAAGAUCUAGUCGUCAUUUAGAACAUCAGGUUGUUGUGAGACAGGUUCCUCACAAUAAACAACAAAAUCUAAUUGAAUCUCACAAUACAAAUACAUUUUCUAAAGCUGACCAUCAUGUUCACAUUCAUCAUCCUUCAGCCCCUACAUAUAGUCAACCGCAAAUUCCUAUUAUCCAUCACCGACCUCCUGAAACUCCGAAUCAAGAUUGUUCCUCUUGUAAUACACCUCCAGAUGAUCCUAGACUACCAGAUGAGUGUGUGGCAACUACUACAGUGUCCAACGAAAUAACAUUGCAAUCAGAUUCUAAUGAGGAUAGUAGUCAAGAACAAGCUGGGCUAGCAGGUGCUUUCGCCAAUUUAACAUUGGGCAAACCAAGAACACCUGAACAACAAGCCUUAGAUGACCAUUUAAGGAGACAGGGCUGGGAAGUAGGCAAUAUUGAUUACUUAGGAAGAGAUUCAUUUGACAAUAUAUGGAGCAAGAUCUGUGAAACAUUGUCUUUGGCUCCUGAACCAGAAUCCACUCCAACACCAAUUGAAGAAAAACUUAUUGAUCAGCCAACACAAAAAGAAGCUUCGCCCGAAAAACUUAAGGAAUCGACAAUAUACAAAGAAGCUUCUCCUGAUAAAGCAAAAACAGCACCAUUGCUAGAACCAGAUAAAACGGAGUUUUCAGUAGCUGUACCUGCAUCCCGAAUUGAAUCUAAAGAAGAGAAUAAAUUAGAAGCUACCGCAGAAUUACUAAGUGACAGAACUGUACAAGAAAACAAAUCUGCCGCUACCUUGGAGCCUCAAUCCGUUCCUGAAGUUUCCCUUCCUAUUUCUAACAUUUCUGAUACCAUUAUUCCAAAAGUAGAUAGCCCUACGACAACUGCCCAAGCUGCAGUAGAUAGUCCUACUGCAACUUUCCAAGUCGCUCAGGUACAAAAUGAUGCAAAACUAUUACAAACCUCCGACAUCGCAGAGCCUUCUCCUGAACAACAAGAAAUGGGUAAACAGUUACCUGAACCCUUGAAAUCUACACCUCCACCAGCAACUACAGAAACAAUUUCAAAACCAGUUGAUAAUUUAUCCGAUAAGAAAAUACCCAUAGCGUCAGAAACUACACUAUCCUCUCUUAUAGAAACUCAACCACAAAGUCCAGAAUCACCUAUAGCUCAAGAAGUAAUACCAGAAGAAGCUUCUAAAGUCACAUCUAUGGAAGUUCCCAAAGAUGUUCAAGCCAAAGCUUCCGAAGUUAUAUCUGUCGAACCUGAAAUAACUGAGUCUGUUGAUCCAAUUAAUCAAGAAGUUUCAAAAGCUAUACCCACUGACGAAUCCAAAUCUACACCAGCUGAUAGCUUCAAAGUUACACCAGCUGACAGUUUCAAAGCUAUACCAGCUGAGAGUCCCAAAACUACACCAGCUGACACAUCCAAAGAUACACCAGUUGAAAGCCUCAAAGCUACACCAGCUGGUAACCCCGAAGCUACGCCAACUGAUAACCCCAAAACUACAUCUGAAGAAAUAAAAGUUAACGUAUCUACUGAAAUCACUUCAGUAAAAACUGCUCCUGCCGAAAUACUGAAAACCUCACCAGCAGAAAUAUCUGCAGAUACACUAACAGCUGCGCCCGUGGAAACUCCGAAAUCUCCACCUAAGGAUCCUCCCAAAGUUUCGCCUACAGAAACUAUCAAAGAUGCACCAAAACCCAAACCUUCUUCACCAGAGUCCCUCAUAGCUAAGCCAUCGGAAAUGUCAGAAACGGCACCAAUAGAAUCGGUCUCGACUGUACCUGUUGAAACUUCCAAAGCUACUUCAGAAAUUCUCGAGUCUGUACCUGUAGAAACACCUAAAUCUACACCUACAAAACCUGAUAAAGAUGCAUCCGUCGAGGUAACAAAAGUUGCAGUACCAAGCACAACUAUGGAUGCUUCUGUGAAAACUUCAAAAUCUGUACCUACAGAAAAUGUUAAGGCCGUGCCAAAGGGAACUCAAAAGGUUGAAACGGCAGAAGCCCCAAAAGGAGAAUCUAAAAAAUCAGAAGAAUCUGUACCCAAGAAGGUUUCUAAAGGAAAACAAACACCUGAAACAAAAGAAGUUUCCAAUCAAGCGAGGCAGAAAGAAACUACUAAACCACCAGCAUCCAAAGUGACGGAGCCCACCCCUCCAACAACUCCUGGAUGUCCAACUCCACAAUCGACAGAUCCUGCUUCAUCUCCUCCUUUUUCCAAAGGAGGACUGCAAGUAGAAGGUAGUGUACCAAACACACCUCCUGCACAAGAAGCGGCAUCAGGGCCAACGCCUCCUCCUCGCAAGAGUGCUAGUGCACCAAAGAAAGCAGCAAAGAAAAAAUAAGAACCUAUUUAUUACAUUUUCAUUAUUUUUAUCAACUAUAAUGUUGAUAUGUACUGAAUUUUGUGCCUUAGAGUGUGAUCAGGAGCGUUAUUCUAUUUAUUUUUUUUAAUUGGCUAAAUUAAUUUUUAAUGAAGCUGUUUGUUUAAUAUAAACAAUGAAUAUUC